AAAUAAGUGACAGUUUGAUUUGUUUAAAAAAAAAGUCGAUCAGAAAUACAACAAAUUUUGAACAGGUGUAUUUGUUAAAAAAUUAAAUACAAUUGUAGCAAAUCUGGAUGAAAAAGAAGAAACAAUGAUUGCUGCCUCAAAUCCACAGGAAUAUGUUCCAAGUGGCCGGCAGCAAGCAUUUCGUCACCCCGGCCCAUUAGAAUCUUCUGUAAAGUAUAGUCAAGAACAUUUUGAUGAAUUAAUAUUAAAUAAAUUCGAAAAAGUCUCAUUAGCAGAUACAAAGGGAACAGAAUGGUGGAUAUUGAGAAAGGCUCCUUUGCAAAGUACUUUAAAGAAAGAAUCAGGUGAAGAUAAUAAAAAUGAUGGGAGUCACUAUCCAGUUAGUUAUAAAAGGAGGCUGACUGACAGUUGGGAUGAGGGUAGUAGUUUUAAAUCCAAUAGUGAUGGAAGUUUUAGUAAAUCUAGGAGAGGAACAAAUACCUCACCAAAAUAUUCUGAGGUAAAACCAAAUCAAUUUGAAUUCAGUAAGGUCAAAUAUAAUAAAAUUAGCCCAAAUGUUUCAAAUUUCUCCACAAAAUUUGAUUCUACAUAUAUGGAAGAUGAACUAUAUGUUAAUGGACAUGUAGUUGUUUGGUCCAGAGGUUUAGUAAACAAUUAUGACGAUUUAGACAAUGGCAGGAAGACUGUAUGUUGUUACACAUCUGAGUCUCCAGUACAACAGGCACUCUGGUGCACCUUUCACUGUGUUUGUCCACUUUUUCGAAAUCCAUUGGAUAUGGUGUCUGAUGAGCCUUCUGGGAGUCCAAUUGAAGCAGUUUGUAUCACAGAUUCUCAUAAUAUUAACGUUUACACUCCCAAAGGAGAAUAUUAUUCAGUGUCUGUGCCAUUUAUUAUAGAUAAAUUGUGGAGUACUAAAUAUGGAAUAUUUAUAACAAAGGAAAAUAAAAGCUUUCCUAAAGAUCAUAUUUAUGAAACUAGAGCAACAGUAUAUUCUUUAGCUUAUCCAUUAGAUGACAUUUGUCCAGUAAUUGUGAACAAAUCUGGAGCUUCAAGUAUUCUAAACAAUCCUCUUAUGGAAGUGGUAUUUACAAGUGACAGCCCCAGUAUUUGCAUGAUAUAUGAUUCUAAUUCCAAACAACACAGUAUAUAUAGGAUAAGAAAAGUUAGACUUGAUGAUAUAGAGUUUGGAGAUAGAAUCGAAAAUAUUUCUGCUACUCAAUCUAAAAAGCUAAAAAAGGUACUCUCUGCAUGGGAAAAUUUAGUGAGCCCAAGAAAAAGUUCAUCCACACCUGUGAAUACUAAUAUAUCAAACAUGGGUCAUUUACCCACAUCCAGGUCUCAAAGUUCAAUGGCAAUGAUGAGUCGGUGUCAAUCUCCAGCUGUUUCUUCUAACAGUCCAUGGCAAGCGCAGAAUUCUAAACUUGAUACGAGUUUAAAAAAUUCGACAAUAUCUGAUAAGUCUUACUUCGAUUUAUCUAAAAAUGUGUCAUAUCUUCAUGCCAAUCCCACUGUUUGUUUGGAUUAUUUGUGGACUGACACCUAUUCAGUACAAGAUAUUAACACUGCAGCUGGUGCAUCUAAGGUAUUUUUAAUGGAUGACAUCAUGGACCAAAAAUAUUUGUGUUAUAUUCUAGAGUCUAGAUCUCAGUUAUCAAUAGUUAGAGUUGAUAUUCGGAAUAACGAUAUGAAAUUUGGAAUAUUAACGAGUAUUAGUGCGAAAGAUGCUGCCCCGAUACCACAUUUACAUAUGUUAGCCAUUUUGGAACAUAGCGGUAAUGUUAGUCUGUAUUCAGGAUUAAAUAUUAUUGGCAAAUUACAUAUAGGAGGUACUUUAGCACAACAUAUGCCUUCGCCGAUUGUAAAUCGAAACAUCCUACAAGUUACCUCUCCAUUUCCAAGACGCAGUAGUUUGCUGCCUCAUGUGAAAUCGCCGGAUGCUAAAUUUGAAGAACAUCUAUUAUCUCCGGUAUUAGCUGCAGUGCCAGUUCCAAAAAAACCUGUGAUUCAGAUGAACGUUAAGGAACGAAAUAACCAAAAAGUCUUUUUAACCGGUCUUAUAGAUGCCAUAGAAAACAGAGUAACGUUAAAAUACUCGGAUGGUACUUUUUAUAGAAUUACUCUACCAAGUAUGGCUUCAAGUUCUUUGAUCGAAAGUUGCUUAGGUGCUUUACGGCACACCUUGGAAAAGGAUCCAGCAACGGUAUUGUUGUGUCGAUGGUACUCCACGAAAAAUGUCAUAGGAUCUAAGAAUAUUACGUUUGAACAGGAAUGGAAGAUGUUUAGUUCGUUGCUUUUUGAGCUUUUGGGUUACGAGGACGAACAGUACAGUGAAAGCUCCCUAGAACUCCCAACAACUCCAGCCAGCAUGAGGAAAAAACAAAAAUAUUCAGAAGGAACCGAUGAUGACUGGACCUAUCUCUGCAAUUCCGACUACAAACAAAUUUUUGGAAACCUCAAUACCACACUUAAACUCGAAAUUCCUAUAUCUAAAGUAAAAGAAGAAACCAAAAGUCGAGAGAGUAUUAACUCAAAAGGACUGUUAUUUCCGUAUAUGAAGAUUAUCUUGGAGAUCUUGCACUUGGUGUAUGAAGAUCUCAAGCUGAAUACUCUAAGGACGGAGGAAUUAUUACCUUUAAUGACUUUUCUCAACAAAUUGUCUGUGGACUUGAAUCUAUCUGAUUAUAAUUUACAUUAUUGGAUGGACUUUCCGGAUCGCGCAAUUCUGACAGAAAGAUCUGUAAUACCACCAGAUAAGAUGAAAAACAUCCACUCUGCAUCGAAAGAGUCACCUUUCAGUAUUUUUAAAUACAUUUAUGAAAAGAUUGAAGGGAAAACUGUAGAACCGUGUCCAUAUUUAAACACGAUCAAUUCUAGAUCAGCAGAUAUAAUUCAGAAUUUUAUAUUUCAGUUGUGCGAUAUGCUCGCAGACUCGAAAACAUAUGCAUCUGAGGAAAUGUCAAUGGAAACAACUUUGGAGGAACCAACUGCUUUGGAAAAAAUGGUAUUGCUCAUGGUAGACAUGAAAAUAAACACCAGCUAUAUCGAAACUCUACCUUAUUCGAUUUAUUAUCUUCUCUACGACGCUUUGUGGAAAUGCAGAGAAAACCCUCCACCUGGUUGGCCUGCUGAAGCUUACCUACUAAUUUGGAGGGAAGAUUUGGCUGCUGAAGCUGUGAAGAUAGAAAAAGAAAAAACCGAAUCGUCUGAGGAAUUACUUGAAAUGUGCAAGAACAUACAAAUGGAAAGGCAUGGUUUUAAGACAGACGCAGAGCCAGUGGAUGGAAUGGAAGACCUAGUAAAUUCCCUUAUGAAGCUACGCUUUAAUGAUGACGUCAGAGUAAAUGAAGCUAGAAAAAUGCUUCAGAGUUCGAGACCUGUACCUAUCGUUCUAACCCAAAGACCUGAUGUGUCUGAUCACGAUUUUAUCGAAGAACAAGAAAAACAUCUGUACGGGAUUUGUAUAAGGACUAUGGCUUUACCGGUUGGAAGGGGUAUGAUAACUCUUCGUACAAUAAGUCCAGUUAUUACAGAGCCUCUUCCGGCUCCAGCUUUAUGCUUGAUAGGAAAGGCUCCUCCAAGAGGUACCACUGUAGACUUAAAUCAUAUCGAUAUACCUGCAAAUAUGAAUUUGUGGCCGCUCUUCCACAACGGAGUAGCAAAUGGAUUGAGGAUAACUCCAGAUGCGCACAAUAUCGACAAUACUUGGAUUAUUUUUAAUAAAGGCAAAGGAGGAGGUAACGAUGGACAAAUGGAGCACGCAGGAUUUUUGCUGGCUUUGGGAUUAAAUGGACAUUUAAAGAACUUAGCCUUUAAUAGCACUUUCAACUAUUUAGAAAAACUACAUGAGAUGACUAGUGUUGGUAUACUUUUAGGUCUCUCUGCCGCAUUUAGAGGUACUGCCCAUCCUUGCCUUACUAAAACCUUAGCAAUUCACGUCGAAGCCUUGCUUCCUCCGACGUCUAUGGAGCUUGACAUUCCCCAAACUUUACAGGUGGCUGGCCUGUUAGGUAUAGGUUUGGUAUAUCAAGGAACCGCUCACAGGCAUAUGACCGAAGUCUUGCUGACUGAAAUUGGCAGACCUCCAGGACCAGAAAUGGAGAAUAGCGUCGAUAGAGAGUCGUAUUCUUUGGCAGCAGGUUUAGCUUUAGGGUUAGUUACGUUAAAACAUGGUGAGACUCCCUCUGGAUUAUCAGACUUGAACGUACCUGAUACUUUACAUUACUACAUGGUCGGAGGAAACAAACGGCCGCUUAUAGGCUCGCAAAAAGACAAAUAUAAAACACCGUCUUUCCAAAUUCGCGAAGGAACGUCAGUAAAUCUAGACGUCACAGCUCCAGGUUCUACUCUCGCCUUAGGAUUGAUGUAUUUGGGUACUGGGAAUAAAGCCGUCGCCGAUUGGAUGGCCCCUCCUCAAACGCAGUAUUUACUAGAUUUUGUAAGACCCGACUUCUUAUUGUUAAGGAUUUUAUCCAGAUCUCUUAUUUUAUGGAACGAUAUCGAACCAACCAAAGACUGGGUUGAAUCUCAAGUACCAUCCACUAUAAGACCGCAUUGUAUGGUUCAACCAUUGCAUAAUUUAAACGUAGACUAUGAAGCAAUGAACCAAGCCUACUGUAACAUAGUAGCGGGUGCAUGUUUCGCUCUAGGCCUUAAAUUCGCGGGUACUGCCGAUGAAGAAGCAUUUGAAACGCUAUUUUACUUUUGCCAUAUGUUUACUUCGCUUACGGGGAAAUCUAUAGCAGAAUUGGCCGGAAAAUCUACAAUAGAAACUUGCUUGAACGUUUUGUUGCUGUCAGUAUCAAUGGUAAUGGCUGGUACGGGAAGUUUAGAAAUUAUGAGAUUAGUACGUCAUCUGCGAAGACGAGUUGGUGUCUCAAGCAGUCCUGUAGUUACAUACGGUUCUCAUUUAGCCAUACAUAUGGCUUUAGGGUUAUUGUUUUUAGGAGGCGGUCGCUACACUCUCUCAAAUUCUUCUGCUAGUGUUGCGGCGCUUAUUUGUGCCUUUUAUCCAAAAUUUCCUACACACAGUAAUGACAAUAGAUAUCACUUACAAGCUUUUCGCCACUUGUAUGUGUUAGCUGUGGAACCUCGGUUAAUAAUACCCAAGGAAGUUCAGUUGGGAGAAAUUUGCUAUGCAAAUUUAAGAGUGGUGAAACUCAACGGUUAUACUAUUAAUAUUAAGGGACCUGGAAUUAUACCUGAUUUAAACACAUUAACAAAAGUUGAAGUUCACGACGAAAGAUAUUGGCCAGUGGUGUUCGAGAGGGGCAAAAACUGGACUUUACUAGAAAAAAUUGUUUCUACCACAGGCUGCAUAGAAGUUAAACAACGUGCUGGUUGUCUAAGCUAUAUUCUGGACAAAUUUGGAUAUCGCAGUCAAUUGGCGCGAACACUUACACAUUCUAUGGUUACCCCGUGGGACCCGUCGCCUACUUCUACCAUUACUUGGUUUACGUCAGAUAAAUCGAUCAAAUUGUUUUGUAAACAUUUUCUAACGACUGACAAAUCUACAGAAUCGAGUGCAGUAGAAGCUAGACUAAGACAAGCUCUCUCGAAGAUAACGUACGAUGCUGUAGUGAAGGAUAAGCUAAUUGUGAUAGUAAUAUUUAUUGCCUUAGUUAAGAUAAUUUCAGAUCUUGAACAGAAUCCAUUCCCUAUGAACAUUUGGCAGUUCAAAAUCAUCCAAAGUCAUAUUAUGAAAAGCAGAUGUAAUCAUUUACUAUCUAAAGAAAUAAUUCUCUCGUUUCGUCAAGAAUUUCUUGAAGUAUUCGACAAAUGGGAAUCCGAUUUGAAACCUUUAUUACAAAGGUUUAUAAGGGGGGAUAAAUUCGAAGAUGAUCUAGAUAGUGUACUAAUGAAAAAGUUGUGUUCUUAUGUGGUUUUCUUCGAUUUUCCAUGGAACUAUAACGUAGAGAACCAACAAUAUUUAGAAAUGUUACAGAAUUUGAUGAAAGGUGGUUUAAAAAUAGAGGCUGUUUUGAGGAUAAUGAAGACGAUUUCCUAACUUUAGAUAGAAGUGUUUUAACCAAAGUAUGGUUAAGCAUCAUUUAUGUUUAUAUUGUCUAAUAGAAUUUUUAAGGGCGAAGAUAAUGAAAUGUGAUGUUAAAAGUAAUGAAAUUUUGUACAUUAAAUUAUUUUCUUUUGAUUAUUGUUAUCUUUUGGUACUAUAAAGUAAUUUUUU